AGGAGCAAGAGAACUUCGACAACUUUGGUUUCCGGGGGCCUUUCGGCGGGUUCGGCUUUUCUGCCGGCGGUAGUAGAUGGGGGCAGAGCAGACCCAGGGAAGGCGAGCAGCAGCACAGCGGCCGUGAACACCAGCAGAACAACUACCAGAAGGGGCCCAACAAUGGCUACAACAGGAAUCGCAGCGGCAGAAGUGGCGAAAGCAAGCACAACCACCAAAGAACGCGCCCGCCGUUUCGACCGCCGCAGCCACCCCCUUCCUCUGCUCACCGUUCUCCAGACGACAUCGACGAGAAACGGAAAAAGCAUUUAGCUGACUGGACAGAGUGGAAGAAGAAGGUCUUCGCGAAUGAAUUGGAGAAGAUGAAGGCGAUACCCUGGCCGGAGAAGGAUCGAAAAACGGGGCUGCGGGAUCCAAGUUUGUACCUCCAUCCGGAGGUGGAUCCGGACGAAACGAAAAAGUUUUUGCAGCGGUCUUGUUUGUCGAUAUGACGUGUAAGUAUGACUGGGUCUUGACGAAAGGAUGUUGUGACGGGAGGUUUGGCAUGAGACAUUUUUGUAUGUUGAUACAUAGAUAGGCAUCAAUCUGUGACUCAUGGUCAUGUGAUGUCACCAGACAGACCAGCGUAUUAAGAUGAUAAAGAAGUCUUGCCACAUCUAUCCAGAAGAAAGAGACCCAGGCGUCAAAUUUGCUUUGGAUAGAUUUAUCAUCCCGACAAAUGGCAACAGGACCUACGAAAGGCGAGAGCCAGUUUGCAGGCUGUUGCAGCAACGAAUCCGACAGAGGCAGAGAAGGAUCAGAAAUUUUUGGACGACAUUCAAGAAAGGUUCAACAGGAUAACGCAGCUCCUUAUCCAUUGCAGAUGACGUGUCGGGGUCUCGGGAGUAGGUUGCGACGAUGAAAGUAUGCGGCGCGCCUCAAGUGCGCCGCGCGGCAUGAUUCUGGCACCACAAACAAUGUUGCUGCUCGAUGGUCUCCUACUCCUGUCAUCAUGCAAUAUAAAUUUUCGAGGGUUUGCAUCUCUAUGCCUAUGGUAUGCUCCCAACAAGAAAUACAAAUACAGGUCUACUUCCUUUGCUCUUUCAGAUCCCGACACGACCUUGCGCUGCAUACUCCUAACCGAAGCGCUGCGAAUAGCGCAGGAACGGGGAACCACUGAUCCCGCUUGCGACAGAGCUUCCGGAACGAAGGCGCAGCGAGGUGGCGGGUUUCGCUCGGCCGGUGGCAGCAAACCGCGCAACGAAAACGAGAACGCCGGGGGCGCCAGCUCCAAGCGGCGACGAAAUUUCUGAAGAUCCAUCUCCUUUCCUCCAGCAUGACCUCUUCGCAUGCUGUCUCUAUCGAUUCGCACUUCUGUAGAGAAUCAUCCGUGACGAAAAGUCAUUUUGUGCUGGUGAACUCAUCGGUCUUGCCCAUGCCGUCUGCAGAAGACGAAAAAAAUGUAUCUACAACAUGUUUGCCGUCACCUCCAAAGAAACAAUAACAAAGCAUGUUGACUAAACGAAACACAUGAGCUCCUGGCUGUGGCGCA